AGUAGGUGCAUCUGUGUCUCCCUAAGCAGUGUUUGCAAGAUCUUGGGUUUUAUGUACUGAUUAUGUUUUUUUCCCUAAGGAACUUUAAAGUUAGUACUUAGACGUUAAUUGUGUACCUUAUGAAGCCAACUGGUGUACCACACACCAUGCAUGGGAAACACAGCAUUGUGUUAAUUAUUACAUAAGUCAUGGGGAUCUGGUUUGAGCGCCAGUAGGCUUGGGACUUGAUGACAAUUCAAUUCAACAGUGUUUCCUGAGUACCAGAUGUUUGCCAGGCAUUGUGUUAGGCACUUGUGAAGAAACUGGAAUUAAAAUGAAUAAGAAAGCUCUGGCCCCGAAGUUGCUUAAUACCUUAAGAGGAAAAAAAUCCAUAUAAAUAACUACAACUAUAGAGAAAGAGUGUUGUAGUAAAAGUAUUAUAUUCCCACGCAGUACCUUAUUAGGAUAGAAAAUGCAUGCUCCUAGUGCCCCAAAUUCCUGUCUUUCAGAGUUGUCAUAAAGCAGGUUAGAGGGCUCAGUUAAUGCCUGUAAAGAUUUACAAUUAAGUUGAUUUUAUGGAACAUUUUGCCAAUACACAAACUGGAAAAGUUUUAAAAUGCUGUUAAAACAACAACAAAAAACUAAUGUGUGAAAGUCAAAUAGCAUUAAGUGCAAUUAAAGCAAAAUUCCUGUACUGAUACAAGUGAACAUUAUUGAUAAUGUCUUUGAAAUAUACCUGCAAUGAAUUCUGGAGGAAAGAAGUCCUCUGAAUCUUAACAUUUUGCCAAAGUAGUUGAGUAAGAAGAAGAUGGUGCUUCAACUGCAAUGUUUCUUGAGAACCUAAGAGCAACGUAUCUAUUAAAAAUAAUUUUAGCGCUAUUUUGGAGAUAUUUUGGGUGAUGUCUUAAAUUGAAGCUGUUAGGUUUGGAGUGUUGGUACAUUCCUAGUAAUGGUUCCUAUCCUCUUUCAUUUACCUCUAGAAGAAGUGCGCUUUAAAAAAAAAUGGAGAAGUAAAUUAUGCAUCCACUGAUUAGCAGAGGAAGGAGUUUUGUGAAGUUGUGAUAGGAUUUUGUUUUCCCAGCUGUACCAGUGUUUGGAAAAAUCGAACUUUGGUUUAAAAAACUGUUCAGAAAGGUGUUUUUUAUUCCAAAUGCAAGUGGGAGGAGAGAUUUGCAUAAUUGUAGUCCAGUAUGUGUUCCAUAUUUGUUCUUAGUAUUAUGUUUGCCAUGGAUUUCAUUUUCUUGCUGAGUUUUAUUAGGUGGUAGAAAGCUAUUUUGAAUACCAGUUUGGUGGUUGAGUGGACUUUUUGAGAGGUGUGUGGUAUUUUGGUAGUCUGGGUGGCAUUCUGUGUUACGUAUUCAGAAUACCAGUCAUGGUUGUUUAGGGAAAGAAUAUUGAGGUAUUGAUGCCAAUAGUUAAAUCAGAGGUGCUUUUCCCUUUAUGCUUCAUAGAUUUAGAAUUCAUCGUUUUAAUCUUAUAGACAUUAUCUUCAAUUGAGGAAAUACACUAUUUUUAGAUUUUGUGUCCUAUAGCUGAACAAAAAGUGGUACCUUAAGGAGUGUAUUUAUUUCUUUUAGAUACCCCACGUUUCCCCAUCACCUGAAGAGUCUGGGCAGAGACUGGACUACACCGUGGGAGAAUCUACAGAGAUGUUGCUGGAACAGACAUAUUUCUAGUUGUAUGAGGUGGCCUGGACAUUAUUCUCGUGCUCCUUACCCAUACUUCAGUAGUAGGCAUUUUUCACUAAAUUGGCGACCACCUUGUUUGUUUGAGUCUAGAACUCAGUUUCAGUACUAUAACUGGAGACCUGACAACCUAAGCCAGACAUCUUUGAUUCAUCUCUCUAGUUACGUCAUGAGCUCUGAGGGAGAUGAACCUUCAUCAAAACGAAGAAAACACCAAGGAGUGAUAAAACGGAAUUGGGAAUAUAUAUGUAGCCAUAAUAAAGAAAAAACGAAGAUACUAGGAGAGAAAAAUGUUGACCCCAAUUGUGAAGACAGUGAGGAAAAGUUUGACUUUUCAGUGAUGUCCUAUAAUAUACUUUCACAAGAUUUACUGGAAGAUAACUCACACCUUUAUAGACAUUGCCGGCGGCCAGUACUACACUGGAGUUUUAGGUUUCCCAAUAUUCUGAAAGAAAUUAAACAUUUUGAUGCAGAUGUACUUUGUUUGCAAGAAGUUCAGGAAGAUCAUUAUGGAACAGAGAUCAGGCCAAGUUUGGAAUCACUGGGUUAUCACUGUGAAUAUAAGAUGCGGACAGGAAAGAAACCUGAUGGCUGUGCUAUUUGCUUCAAACAUUCCAAAUUUUCACUCUUAUCAGUGAACCCAGUGGAAUUCUACCGCCCUGAUAUUCCUCUAUUGGACAGAGACAAUGUUGGAUUAGUUUUACUCUUACAGCCCAAAAUCCCGUGUGCUGCCUCUCCUGCGAUCUGUGUAGCUAAUACACAUUUGUUGUACAAUCCAAGGCGAGGUGAUAUUAAGUUAACCCAAUUGGCAAUGUUACUGGCAGAGAUUUCUAGUGUUGCCCAUCAGAAAGAUGGUAGCUUCUGUCCUAUAAUUAUGUGUGGUGACUUUAAUUCUGUUCCUGGUUCUCCACUCUAUAGUUUCAUAAAAGAAGGAAAAUUGAAUUAUGAAGGACUUGCCAUAGGAAAGGUAUCUGGCCAGGAACAGUCUUCAUGGGGACAAAGAAUUUUAUCUAUUCCAAUUUGGCCCCCAAACCUAGGUAUCUCACAGAACUGUGUGUAUGAGGUACAGCAGGUACCAAAAGUAGAAAAGACAGACAAUAAUCUGGCACAAACACAGCUGAAGAAAACAGAGGUCCUAGUGACAGAUGAAAAAUCAUCUUCAAAUUUACAGCACCAUUUCAGCUUGUCUUCUGUUUAUUCACAUUACUUUCCUGACACUGGAAUUCCAGAAGUGACCACCUGUCAUUCCCGAAGUGCUAUAACUGUGGAUUAUAUUUUCUACUCUGCAGAAAAGGAGGAUAUUGCGGGGCUCCCAGGAGCUGAAGUUGCUUUGGUUGGUGGCUUGAAACUUCUAGCUAGACUGUCACUUCUUACAGAACAAGACUUGUGGACUGUUAAUGGACUUCCAAAUGAAAAUAACUCUUCAGAUCAUCUGCCUUUAUUGGCUAAGUUCAGACUUGAGCUUUGACUUCGUUUGUGUACAAAAUUUUCUUUCCAAUUUGUAUUGUUUUUCGAAGAAUGUAAAGUUCUUAAGUGUUUGCAUGUUGUUUAUUUUUGUGCUAUGGAGUUUCUGGAGAGGUUAUGUUAGAUGCUUUGAAACAUAUCAAAAGAAACAAGUUUAUAACAAUUUUCUUUUUUAAUAAUGAAAAAUAUUUUCCUGACAGGUGAGAUCUAAAUACUCUUUAUUAUAAAAGAGGUGUAAAAAUUUUUGUAUUCUAAAUCUAAGUAGAAUUGACAGUAAUUUUUAAAUAUAA